UUAAGGAAAGCGCUUGAGGAAGCAGGACCGCUCCGUGCUUUCCUUCGGAACUGCUUGCGCCCCUUGCCGGGACUCUGGGCUGCGAGGGGGACGGGCGAUAAGGAGAGCCCGGGCUCCAUCCCACCGCCCCCACGGGAGCGCUUCCCCCUCCUCCAGCCCGCGGUGCCGCCGGGAGAGCGGGGCAGGAGCCGGGCGGGGCCGCGCCCGCCCCGGGCCCGCCCCUCUCGCAGCGCCGCGGGCGCGGAGCCCGCCCGGCCCCGGGAGCGGAGCCGCUCCUGCCGCGGGGCCAUGGCUCUGCUCCCGCGGCGCUUCCUCUGCUUCGUCCUGGCCCAGCACUUCAUCGCGGCCACGGCGUGCCAGGAGGCCGACUACGGCUGGAUGAUCCGGCACUACUGCCUCAAGCAGUUCCAGCUGAGCAUGGAGGGCAUCGGGCAGCGCCUCUGGUGCGACUGGGACGAGACCGUGGGCACUUACGGGGAGCUGACGAACUGCACGGUGCUGAUCGCCGAGAGGCUCGACUGCUACUGGCCCAACCGGCUGGUGGACGAGUUCUUCGUGGCCGUGCACCGGCAAUACUUCAGGAACUGCUCUCCGUCGGGCCGGGCGCUGCACGACCCCCCGAACGGCGUGCUGUGCCCCUUCAUCGUGCUGCCCGUGCUGGUCACGCUGCUCAUGACGGCGCUCGUGGUGUGGAGGAGCAAACGGAGCGAGGGCAUCGUGUAGGCGCGGCGGGCACGGCGCAGGGGAGGGACGGGUGGGUCCCCCCCGGGACGCGCCUGGGCUUUGGGACGAGCCCGCCACGGGAGCAUCGCGGAGGGUGCCGAGCCCCGGAGGCGGGGACAGCAUCGCCGCCGCUCCUCCUCUGCCGUGUGCCCGGAGGUUUCCAAAUAAAUGUCGUGGGAGCGAUGGUUGUAGGGCAGAACGGGCAGCGGGGACUCCGCCGGGGAUCGGGGAGCGCCGCUCACCCCGCACCGCCUCUCCCGGCCGCUUCCGUGCCGAGCAGGAAAAUUUUAAAGGGAAAAAAAUAAAAACCCAAGCGGGUGUGGGGAGUUGAGAUCCUGCCAGCCCCGCACCGACACACGUGAGACCGCCUGAACAUCCUCGGCUCCCUCUCCUGGUCCUUUUUUGGGUUUCCCCCGCACUGGAAAGGCAUCUUCUCCCCCAGCCCCCUGCACAAGGACGAGGCUGGCACGGGCUGGGUUUUGCCCGGGAGGUGGGGAACAACGCGGGGAAGGCUGCGGUGGUGCCCUGGGGCUGACAGGGAGUGGGAAUAAGGUGCUUUUCCUACCUAAAUAAACAAUACAUGGAUAAACCAGG